CUGUUUUGGGUGUUUUGUUGUAUUUAUGAAUGGAUUGCAUUGCAUUGAUUGGGGUUGAAUCGGUGGGGGAAGGGAGCCCGCAAUGAAUGACCGUCAAUCCAUUCAAGGAAUCCAAUUCCAAUCUACGGCGGAUAUAUUUCACCUUAUACGACGAGGCUAACCUAUUAUUCUCUUCAAUUACAGGUUGCUGGGCGUCAGCAGGGCCAAAGGAAGGAUGCGUUGCUCUGGAACAGCAGCUGAGAGAGUGUAUGGAUUCACAUGUGCGUAUUAUACACCUUCCUACCCCAGAGUUCUGGCAUAUACCCGAUCUAUAUGUUUUGCAUUAUCAUGGUCCGCCAUGGUUCUGCUCCGAUCUUUCGAAUGCCGAAAGUGAGUGAUAUGCUAAUGGUCUGAUUCUCGCAUACAGAAACCCAAAACUACCAAGAGGAACGCCAUCAACUACCACCUUAUGCGAAUGUAC